AUUGUUGUGAGGACAGAUCUAAUCAAUCAUGAAGAACUACCAGGAAGGUGGCUGGGGCUGGGUGGUGCUCUUUGCUGCAUUCAUGGCUCAGGUUUUCGUCUACGGAAAUAUCAAAGCGCUGAGUGUAUUAGCAGAAACAAUAGCAACGGAAUAUGACACAGAUUUAUGGUUGGUAGGAUGGGUUGCUUCAAUGUCUCUGGCUGUGCAGUUAUUGCUAGGACCUGUCAUAUCAUUUCUGAUGCACGUAUUUGGCUGUCGUCUCGUCAUGCUAUUGGGUGGUGUCAUGGCAACCGGCGGGUACCUGCUGGCAUCAUGGUCCUGUACCUUCUUACAGUGGAGCGUCUUUAUCGUUGGUUUUGCAGGUGUUGGCUCAGGUUGUUUCGCCUACCCGUUUCUGGCUAUCAUUGCCUCAUAUUUCAAAAAGUACUAUCCUAUAGCCCUUCUGGUUGCUAAUCUUGGUAAAUCGUGUGGGGACAUGCUGUACGGUCCAAUCACACAAGUACUUCUUGAUACGUACGGCUGGAGAUGGACAAUGAUGAUCAUCUGUGGACUGACUUUCCACCUUGUUCCGUGCGCCGCAGUAGCCAAAGCGUCCAGGGUGAAAGACGACAGAAACGACUACCGCAGGAUUGCUUGUAAAGACAACGAGACCGACGUCACCUCGGAUAACAGUCAAGUGGAGAGCACACACUGCUGUAAGGCAAUACUGGCAGCAUUCGACUUUGCCAUCUUGACAGAUGUUCACUUCAUUUUGAUAACUCUGGCAAGUUGUGUUACGGGAUUUUGUUUCAUCGGUUGGGAGGUGUAUGUCGUGCCGCAUGGGAUAGACCAUGACUUGAACCCUACACAAUCAUCGUUCCUGCCAACUUUCUAUGGCAUAGGAAACUUCGUAGGGAAAGUCGUCGCAGCUGUAGUUCUUCAGACCUAUGUAAUCAACGCACGAUGGUUCAUGUGCAUUGGCGCACUUUGUGCAAGUUGUUCGUUUUUUGCUGAUCCCUUUCUGACCUCUUUUGCUAGCCUUGCGGUCGUGGCGUGCACGGUAGGAUCAGGUAUUGCCAUCACCAAUACAGUCAAGUUCAUUUUGUAUCGUGAGUUGGCCUCAGAUGAUCAGUUGCUGAGUAUGUAUUCCUGGCAGGGACUGUUUGUAGGACUCAGCGAUGUCAUGAGUGGCUUCGCUUCGGGCUGGCUCUAUGAUGUGACUGGAAGCUUCAAGGCAACAUUCAUCCUGUUGGCAGGUCUACAAUUCUGUGCUUUUAUCUUUGUACUAUUGGACUACGGUAUAACGAAAUUCAAAGACAAGAAAUGAACUUACUGUAACAAACAUAAACAUUAUGCAAACAGUCAUUCAUAUUGCUAUGCCGCUUGUCACCCGCUUCGCGUAUAGCAGUAAUGAUCUCGGACAGAAGAAAUAAGGAUUUUUUUUGUUAUGGUAGGCGAUUGUCAUUCCUUACAUUUACAGGAUGACUCAAAAAAGCGGAACCCCAAAACAAAGAAAUAUAUUUCUUAUAAACAAAUAUGUAACACAAAAAAUAAUUACAAUUUUGAAGCCCAUUUAUUAAACUAAUUUUGAAGUGAGGAAAAUUAUUUCAAUAAUUUGCUCUACACGUUAAUAUUUUAACAAUAUUUUAUAAACGAAGUAACCCUAAAAUCAGUUUCGUCCAACAAAACCAAUUUAUUUCGUGUUCUGAUUGUUUGGAACAACAAAGAGAAUGACACAGAAUACUUGUUUCAAUAACUGUAGUACACAGUAUCUUUAUCAACAACCCUGCUUUGGCUGACAAUAGGAUUUGUAAAAUCCAUUUUUUUUUUAAAGACAGGCCUUCACGAGGACUUCGUUGAAUAUUUUUAACUUUCAUACUGAGGUUUUAUCGCUGGUGAUGUUUGAAGACUAUUGUAACGACACCUCUUGAAAUCGCAUGUUUGGACGUAGCGGAUUUUAGGGUCAUUUCGUUUGAAUGCCUAAAAAUGAAUGGUGAUAUAAUUUGAACGGACUGGGCAAUU